UUAAAAACGACAACUGAAACAUUUAACUAAAAUUAAAUACAUUUAUUUUUAUUUGAAUAUUUAAAAACAAAACAUGAAUUUCAAUAAAAUUUUCGUAUUCUUCGCCUUAAUUUUGGUUGCUGUUGUGGGUCAAAGUGAAGCUAAAUGGUUGAAAAAGUUUGGCAAGAGAAUUGAACGUGUGGGACAAAAUACCCGUGAUGCCACUAUAAAAACCAUUGCUGUUGCCCAACAGGCGGCAGAUGUGGCCGCCUCUUUGAAGGGAUAAAUGUAAUGUCCUUAUAAAAAGGCCUUAUUCAUAAUCAGUUUUUUAUUUUAUAAAAGGUUUAUAAAUUAAAAUUUUCAUACAAAAAUUGUUUAUCAACUUUUGAUAAAUUUAAAACAGAUUAUGAAUAAGGCCUUGUUAUUUAAUA